AAUUGUCUUUUAUCACAUCACAUCACAUCGCAUGUCAACACUUGCUAGCUCGCCUUUAAAGGCUAAGCUAGCAGGUGGUGAUGCUACUGGACUCACCUGUCUCUUUAGUUUUAUGUGUUGCUGCUGUGCCCACACCAGCCCAAUGUCCCGAACCGACCCGCCCGCCCCUCUGUGAUCGAAGUGAUGCAACUCUUCCUCCGGAUUACCAAUGCAAUUUCAAAAUACCACCGCAGGACGGCACACUCGUAAAGCAGACCCAUUCACUUCAAUGUGCAGCAUUGAUAGAUACGAGUGCAGCUUAGUCAACAGCAUUUUUAAUCAAAUCACAAUACAUACAACACUGCUAGCUUAGCUGGCAAAUGCAAUUACAUCCUUCACACACCCAAGGAGAAGCAUUCCAAUAUGGUGAGGCUGUAUGCAUUGGAUUGAUGUGGGCAGUCCUCUAGUGUUACACAUGGUGUGUUGUUGUUGUGACCUGCAGGUCUUUAUAGGUCAUGCACUUGAAGGUUGGGCAUGGUCAUUUCAUUUCAUUUCAUGGUCUCCUCAACAUUAAAGUAGGCCCCACAUCAUUGAAAUGAAAUGGGAUACGAAAGUCAUGCACAGGUGCGUCUUAGUAAAAAAAGGGAAUGACUACAUGAAUGUGUUGGGCUAAAGUUAACUGAAACAAGUAUGCCACGCUGUCCUUGUGUUGUGGUGUAAAAAGGUUAGAGGUUCGCCACUGCCAACUUUGAAGUCAGAGAGUAAAGCACAACAUAAUCAUAAUAUUACAAAACAACAGAAAUGUUGUAACAAUAGAUGUUACAACAAAUAAGAUGCAAUAUUAUGUCAAUUACGUUAUUGGGUUUGUAAUCAAAUUUAGUAAAAGUACAUUUUUUCUUGUUAAGUGACUCACUAAACUCACCAUAUUGACUUUUUAUAAAAAAUACAAUAAGUAAUUCUUGUAAUGUUGUAUAUUUUUAUUUUCAGAUUUUUUUUUUUACGUCAUAACGUUCCAACUUUGUUGUAGUGUCAUCAAUCAGUUUUUACACAAUUCUGUAUAGCAUCUGCUGUAUUAGUCCAGUUUUGGUGACUAUUUUUGCAGUUUACAAUGAGUUCAGUCACAACCACAAAUGUCAACAUAGCCACCAAAUGCUGUCCUCAAGGUCACAUUGUCCUUGUGGUGUGACAGAAAAUAAAUCCCAUCAGUCAAGUUUAGCUUGAUAGUUAAACUUUCCACACACCCACCCCUGCAAUGGCCAAUCCCAGCCUUUGUCCACCCUACGCUUGGUUCACCGUGACGUCCUCUAGUGUUUUUUGUCGUGGUUGCUGGAGGUCAGUGGCCGCUGUCAUUGUGUCAAACACACACACACAUGCUUGUGUUGUUUUCCUGACGCUCUCAGCUGAGAGCUCGUCUUUGCAAUCAGGUCAUGUGACGAGAGCAGGUGCUUAUGUGGGAUUAGCUUUACCGUAGCGUGGUUUGUUUACAACCUCUGACACCCAAGAACAACCUCAUUCUCGCUUUUUGGCUUACUUACCCUUCCUUAGUCACAAUUCUAAAACUUUAUUGUUUCCUUUUCAGGUUUAUUGUGUUACAUUUUUGCAAAGCCAGGAGUAAAUUCUUCCUUUGUGGGGAUUGUGAUGCCGAGUAAUUAUUAAUAGACUGUCAGAUGAUGGUAUAUUUAUUUUUUGGAGGGAAUUGUACAGUAGAUUGAUAAUUUUGAUGUCACGCAGGGAACGUCAGGAGACUCUUGUGCAGCAAACACAGCUCAUAGUUGGCAGGUCAAAAUAGAGUGCAGUACUUGGCUCCAGCCAGCAGAGGUGCUGUUGAGUCAAUCUCAAAUUCAAAAACUUGAUUGAGCUUCUAUUUGCUAGAACUUUAUUGGUCCUUCGGCAUGUGGCCUCAGGGAAAAUUAAUUUGUUGUUGAACUUGAAUGGUGCACCCAUUCAUUAUCGAGCUUUAGAUGACACGCUGUCAAUCAAAACGGAGCAUUCUUGUCUUUUAUAAAGACAGAUUGUUGUGGUGCGGCUCUUAUCAGGGCUCUUGUUCCAUGUGACUUUUGUCUUGACUGGAUGUCCUUGAGCACCUCCUAAUAUCUAAAUACGUCCUGCCCCCACCCCGCCUGUCUUGACGCUGUAUUUGUAUCCAGUGUGAAUGUGCUAGCUAGAAGAUCUGCCCUGUGUGGAUGUUCAGCAGGAGGAGGAUGAGAUGUCGGCGUCAUCCUCUGCUACAAGCCGGCCACAUUCCUUGUUUGUGCAGCUGGAGUCUUGGUUGGUCAUCCUUUUGACACCGUAAAGGUCAGACUGCAGGUGCAGAAUGUCAAUAAGCCUCUCUACCGUGGAACCUUUCACUGCUUCCAGUCCAUCAUGCGCCAGGAGUCGGUAUUUGGUUUGUACAAAGGCAUCGGCUCGCCCAUGAUGGGCCUCACUUUCAUCAACGCCAUCGUCUUCGGCGUCCAGGGGAACACCAUGCGGCUGCUAGGUCGUGACACGCCCACCAACCAGUUUGCAGCAGGCGCGGCCGCCGGCGCCAUCCAGUGCGUCAUCUGCUGCCCGAUGGAGCUGGCCAAGACGCGCAUGCAAAUGCAGGGCACGGGCGAGAUGAAGUCAUCCAAGAAGAUGUACAAGAACUCUCUGGACUGCUUGGCUCGCAUCUACAAGCGCGAGGGCCUGUGGGGCAUCAACAGGGGCAUGGUCACCACCUUCAUCCGCGAGACUCCCGGCUUCGGCUUCUACUUCCUGGCCUACGAUGUACUGACGCGUCACCUGGGAUGCGAGCCCGAGGACCCCUAUAUGAUUCCCAAGCUGCUGUUUGCGGGCGGCAUGGCGGGCAUCGUCUCAUGGCUGUCCACCUACCCGGUGGACGUGAUCAAGUCGCGUCUCCAGGCCGACGGCGUGGGAGGCGUCAACCGAUACAGCAGCAUCGCCGACUGCGUGCGGCAGAGCGUGCGCACCGAGGGCUACAUGGUGUUCACGCGGGGGCUCACCUCCACGCUUCUGCGAGCCUUCCCCGUCAACGCCGCCACCUUCGCCACCGUCACGCUGGUCCUCAUGUACGCACGCGGGCCCCAGCCGGCGCCCGGGGACUGCGAGUCACCUCAGACCCAACGCUCCAACCUGUGAAGGGGCAAAGGUCGCCCGCCGCGCCUUCAACUACACGGCACUUUAUCACAGACAGGUAGGGAGCCACGGACCCUUGAAGCGCCGCCGUCGUGGCUGCUUUUUUAUUUCCAAGCAAUAAUUGACCUGUUAGGUGCGGCGACAUAUUUACUUCCUGGAAGCUUCCAGCGCAGCUCACACCGACAUUCAUACAUCCUCCAAAUAUAAUGCACUUCCAUACGCAUAUCAAUGUUCUUACAUCUACCUGCCUUGCUGGAUUUGACCUAUGAGGGGAGAACAAAGCACCUUGCCCAAGGGCGUGACCAUCGGCCGUCACAGAAGAAAAAGCUGCAUCACUAAAUAAGCCAGUUGCAUAUUUCAAUCCAACAUAUGGAUUAUAUAUUUCAUUGAUCCCAAGCUUCUUUAUUCUGCAUUGUUCCUGUCAAAUCGCGUGGAAGCGGGCAGCAUGCAGGGACCAGGAAAGGGAUCGAGGCUGCGUUCACACGUGUCACGUUUGCUUCCCUUACAGCGAGCUCAGUGAACACAAGCAUCAAACCAAACACUCUAUUAAGCUCUUUAAAAGUAUAUUUUACAAGCAUUUGCUGAAAAGUAACAUGGUUAAAAUAUCAGAAUAUGAAAAUAAACAAACUAUUCAAACUAGCAAACAACGUUACAACGAGUUAUUCUCCGCAAUACAUCACAAAAGCUCUGUAAAAGUAGAUUGUACAUACUUUUGGUGAAACCUAAAUUGGUCAAAGAAUCCAAAUAUGAAAAUAACUGAACUAUUCAACUCGCAGCAGGCGGCAUUUUGGUUUGGAAUAUCGGAAAUAUUGUCAGUGAUGAAAGCUCUUAAAUUAUAUUUUACAAGCUUUUGGUGAAAGGUAUGCUGGUAAAAGCAGCAGAAUAUAAAAACAACCUACUUUAUUUAUGCACUGCGUCAUGUUUGAUGGCACCAAAGCACUUUAAAAGUAUAUUUUACAAUUUUGGGGUGAAAUCUCACUUGCUGAAAAUAUGAGAACAUGAAAAUAACUUAUGUAUUCCUCAGAGCAGACGGCGCCUGUCUUUGGAAUAUUUGCGUAAAGUUAUGUAAUUUGUGAUGAAAGCACUUUAAAAUUCUGUUUUACAAGCUUUUGGUGAAAUUUAGCCUGCCUAUGACACGUAGUUGUCAUUAAAUCUCAAAGUAUAUUUUACAAGCUUUUGUUGUAUAAUAUGAAUAUGAAGCUACCAUACGUAUGCUAGCCAACACAAAGCAUUUUGGGUUGACGUCUUUGAUGUUAUGAAAGUCGAUUCCUUACGUUAUGCGAAUGCACAUGUUCUAUAGCAAAGCACACGUGUGAACGCAGCAGAAGGUCUAGGUGUCCAUUGGUUGAAAGGAUUCAUACCUGAUGAAUGUACUGUAUUUAUGUUCCAGUGGUGGAUUAUAUUGCACCUAAUCUGGAUUGGGGCUUUUUAAUUACUGUUGUUUUUUUUAGUAAGGACUAAAUUAUGUUAAAGUGGUUUCGUCUCUGAUGGAUUUUAGUCCCAAUCUUCAAUCCUGAAUGUUUUCUGCAAAGAUAUGGUGCACACUCAAAGCGGAGGCGUUAUUUUUGUAGAUCUACGUCCAUAGAUAGUGGGACGUCCCACAUGCACUAGAAACAAGAAUAUGAUGGGCGCAAUGUAUUGUUCGUUUUCUGUUUUCCUACUGAGACACUUGAACAUUUACAACUGUGAGGAGGAGGAGGAGGAGGAGGAGGGCCGCAAGCAAAGAAUAACAGAAAAACCUCAUCUUCAAAUCUUUUUUAUAAUACAGUUGGAACAUUUCCACAAAAAUGUUGGACAAGAAUAGAAUCUUAGAAAAAAAAAGUCUGAUUGUAUGAGAAGAUAUUGAUGAAUUACACAAAGAGCAAAGUUGUGUUGAAAGGUUGAGAGUUACAAUAGUUGCAUUUUCAUUUGACUAAACUAAAGUUGGAAUAUUUCCACUAAAAGUCAUAGUUGGACAAAAAUAAAGACAAAAGUUGCGAGGAAAUAAAUACUGCGUUAAAUUCUAACAUUUUUCCCCACUACGAUUGUGGCGUUCUCAUGAAAUGAUGCUUUUUUUCUUUUGGUUGUGGCCCUUUGACCUUUGUAAAACUUCCUCCUAACGACAAUAAAGAUAGCCUUGAAACAACAAGGAGCUACCGUAGCAAACCUCAUGUAUGAACAACACGCCACAACAUACGUCACUCUUUGGUACACUACCGCCGUAUAUUAGCGUACCUCCUGUAUGACUAUCCUAUGGUACAUUACCGCUGUAUGUUACCAUACCUCCUGUAUGUUACCAUACCGCCUGUAUGAUUCUAUGGUACAGUACCACCGUAUGUUACCAUAACUCCUGUAUGACUAUCCUAUGGUACAUUAUCGCUGUAUGUUACCAUACCUCCUGUAUGACUAUCCUAUGGUACACUACUGCCGUACGUUAGCAUACCUCUUGUAUGACUAUCCUAUGGUACAUUACCGCUGUAUGUUACCAUACCUCCUGUAUGUUACCAUACCUCCUGUAUGUUACCAUACCGCCUGUAUGAUUAUUCUAUGGUACACUACCACCGUAUGCUAGCAUACCUCCUGUACGACUAUCCUAUGGUACAUUAUCGCUGUAUGUUACCAUACCUCCUGUAUGACUAUCCUAUGGUACAUUAUCGCUGUAUGUUACCAUACCUCCUGUCUAUGGUACACUCCUGCCAUACGUUAGCAUACCUCUUGUAUGACUAUCCUAUGGUACAUUACCGCUGUAUGUUACCAUACCUCCUGUAUGUUACCACACCUCCUGUAUGACUAUCCUAUCGUACACUACCACCGUAUGUUACCAUACCUCCUGUAUGACUCUCCUAUGGUACACGACCACCGUAUGCUAGCAUACCUCCUGUAUGACUAUCCUAUGGUACACUACCACCGUAUGCUAGCAUACCGUACCGUACAUCCCAUACGACUUUCCUACCAUACAGCCUGUACGGCAAUACAACUGUUGGCCAAUCAGACAAGCCGAGCUGUAAAAAAAAAAAAGCGUAUACAGAGCUAUUUUUCAUGCUGAUAGAAGUGUACAGAUUGAAACAUUUUAUUUUGAUCGGUUGUUUGUGAGAGUUUAACUUAAAAGUACAUAGAUUUUCUAUUUUUAUUUGUGAACAGCGACAAAUGGUUUGACAAAAUAGUUUGGAAUAAUGAGCUGAAUAAAUAGAUGAAUGAAAUCA